GCUCGAGGCUUUAUUCCUCUUGACAUACACAAACCAACAACCUCUCAAGAGACUCGAGCUAUCUUGCACAACGAUGGCUGCGUCACGCCUCUUUGGUCUGGCCUCGCUUGCCACCUCCACCCUGCAUGCCGUUUCUGCAUCCUCGGCCCAGCUGCAGCAGCCCUUGCUUGGCCAUGAUCAGCAAGCACCUCAGGCACCUCUGACUCAGGCCGAGAAGCCACUGGUUGAUAGCCAGGCCUUGCAGGACAGCAUCUCCAUCGACAGGCUGACCAAAGGCGCCCAGGACUUGUACGACAUAGCAAACCUCAGCUCACACGAGUACAACCGCCCAACACGAGUGAUCGGCAGUCAAGGGCACCUCGGGACACUCGAAUACAUCCGCAACUCCAUUGCGGAACUUGGGGACUACUAUGAGAUCUUGGAACAGCCCUUCCCUGCUUAUGUUGGCUGGGUUGACGAGUUCCGUCUUGUCAUCGGCAAUGACUUUUAUGAAGCCGCUCAACCCAUGAGCCUGACCCCUCCCACCGAGGACAGGGAACCCGUUCGUGGUGAUCUCGUUGCCGUCAGUGGCAGGGGAUGCUCGGCCAAAGACUACCCUUCCGAAGUCAAGGGAAACAUCGCUUUCAUUAGCCGCGGCACCUGUUCGUUCGGCGCCAAAUCUGCCGAGGCUGGCAGGGCGGGUGCCAUUGCCGCGGUGAUUUACAACAACGAAAAGGGCGAGCUUUCCGGGACACUCGGCGACCCCGACGACAACCACGUUGCUACUUUCGGCAUUCCUCUGGUUGAUGCCGAGCCCCUCUUGAAGAAACUGGACAACGGCGAGACGGUCGACACCCUCGCGUACAUCAGGUCCUGGGUCAAUACCUCCAUCACGAGGAACAUCGUUAUCCAGACCGCCGAGGGUGACCCGGACAACUGCGUAGCUCUUGGCGCCCAUUCUGACAGCGUCGAGGCCGGCCCGGGCAUCAACGAUGACGGAUCUGGGACGCUGUCCCUUCUGGAAGUGGCCAGGCAGCUCUCCAAGUUCAAAGUGAACAACUGCGUGCGUUUCGCCUGGUGGUCGGCCGAGGAGGAGGGCCUAGUAGGAUCCAGCUACUACGCCACCAAGCUGCCCCGCGACGAAAACCUCAAGGUCCGUCUGUUUAUGGACUACGACAUGCUUGCGAGCCCCAACUUUGCGUACCAGGUCUACAAUGCGACCAACGACGCCCAUCCUGUCGGUUCGGAAGAGCUCCGUGACCUCUACGUCGACUGGUACGAGGCCCACGACCUCAACUACACCUUCAUCCCGUUCGAUGGCCGCAGCGAUUAUGACGGGUUCAUCCGCGCCGGCAUCCCCGCCGGCGGAAUUGCCACUGGUGCCGAGGUCAUCAAGACGAAGAAGGAGCGCGAGUCGUUUGGCGGCAAGGCUGGUGAGGCCUUCGACCAGUGCUACCACCAGCUCUGCGACGACACGGGCAACGUCAACCUGACCGCCUGGGAGCUCAACACGAAGCUUGUGGCCCAUAGUGUGGCUACCUACGCGGCCUCGUUCGAGGGCUUCCCCAAGCGAGACCCUGAUGCUCUCUCGGUGAGCAGUGUCAAGGCGAGCAACUAUGCUCAGACUGUGAAGUACCGCGGUGACUUCCUCUACAUCUAGACGGAAGGAGUCGCGUGUUUCUUUUUCUUUGUGAACUGCAUAUUUGUGUUGAACAUCUCACCUUUUACGCUGUUGGUUCUUUAUCUGCAUGUAGCAUCGGCAUUUAGAUUGGAUGGCAUACACGUUUGAUUAUCAUAUCAUAGGUCGGCGCGGCGCGCAACACCUCGCCACGGGGAGCGAAUGUAGUUUAGUGUUGCACAUGUGUUCUACCUCCUACAAUAGACAGUCUAUCCGAAGGCUUUACGCUAUACCGAAUAUAAAUAGCAUGAGAAGUCUAAA